UACAAAAUACUGCAAAGGUGCGGCAGAGGGUUGUUAUGAGAAUAUGAGGUAGAAUUUAACCAGUAGCUUUCGUGAUUUAAUACAGUCCAGUUCUUUUUCUUUUUUCCUCUUCUCUCGUCGUACUUCUUUUGAAAAAAAAUAAUGACUUCUUUCAAUUUUUUCCAUAGUGAAAUAAAAUUUCAUUCAAGUGCCUGCAAAUUUCCAAGAACCUAAAUCUCAACAACAAACGCUACAGGUUUCAUUUGCUCUUGAUGACGACAAUAACGGCGAAUUCAGUAAAGAAGAGAAUCUUACAUUGGAGAACGUGAAUUCGAAAAAUUUAACAAUGAUUCAAAGAGGUGUUUCAAUUAAUGAUGGACAAGAGGAACCAGGUGAAGAAGAUGAUUAUUCGAUUUCAGCUUGUGCAAUUAUUCAAAGACGAAAUUCCACUCGAAAAAGUAAAAAAAGACACAGAAGAAGAUCAUCUUCGCCAUUUAAUCCCGACAGUUUUGAUACCAACGUGAGACGAAGAUCUUCAGUUUAUACUACAAGUUCAGGAGAUACAGCAAUAUCCAUGGAAGAAAAAGGAGAAGAAUUGAUUUUUGAGAAAUUAAAACUUCAUAAAGAAGUUCUAAGUGGAAUAAGACAACAACCAUGGCCUCUUCGGAGAAAAAUUAAGCUCGCGAGACAAGCUAAAAUUUUUGUGAAACAACAUGAAGGUGCUCUUCACGACAGACUUGCCCAAAGACACAACACUCGAGAUAUUUUAGCAAGAAUGUCAAUUUUAUUGGAUAAGAAAUGGCAAUAUUAUAAACGUGAAAUCGUCAAUAUUCAAACAUUUCUCAUUCCCUGGGAGCAUCGAAUAAAAGAUAUAGAAUCACAUUUUGGAUCUGCUGUUGCUUCAUUUUUCACAUUUCUUCGAUGGCUAUUUUGGAUAAAUCUCGUCAUUUCUGGAAUUCUAACUGCUUUUAUUGCCAUUCCAGAAAUAUUGAUGGCAAUUCCAAAAGAUGCAGGCGAAAGAAAAAUAAUGCUUCCUGAGGAAGAAAUAAAAUCCAAAGAAUUAUUAACAUUAUGGGAAUUUGAAGGUGUUUUAAAAUAUUCACCAUUUUUUUAUGGAUGGUAUACAAAUAAAAAAUCGAAUAAAAUUUAUCAAUUGCCAAUGGCAUAUUUCAUCACAAAUAUCGUUGUCUAUACCUAUAGUUUUGUCGUCAUUUUACGAAAAAUGGCGAAAAAUUCACGAAUGAGUAAAUUGUCGGAAAAAGAAGACGAAUAUGCAUUUUCGUGGAAACUCUUUACUAGCUGGGAUUUUAUGAUUGGUAAUCCAGAAACGUCUAAUAAUCGUACUUCCAGUAUUACUCUUGGUUUUAAAGAAGCUCUUCUUGAAGAAGCUGAAAAAGCAAAAGAUAAACGAAGUUGGAAGACAAUAGUUUGUCGAAUAUUUGUCAAUUUAUCAGUUCUAUUUUUAUUGUCAUUGUCUGCUUAUAUUGUUAUUGAAAUUGUCGCAAGAAGUACACAGCCGGAAGCAAAUAGUAAUUGGUGGAGACAAAAUGAGAUCACAGUUAUUAUGUCACUUAUAAAUUAUAUUUUUCCAAUUUUCUUUGAAAUUCUUGGCAUUCUUGAAAAUUAUCAUCCAAGAAAACAAUUACGACUUCAACUUGCCAGAAUAAUGGUGCUUAAUCUUCUUAAUCAAUAUUCACUUAUUUUCGCAUUGUUCAGCAAAAUUGACAUUAUGCAAAAACAGCUUCAGAGUUUAAAACCAAAUAAAACGAAAGUUUCUACCUCAACAUGCAAAUAUUUUCCAAAAUCGUGUUAUGAAUUAAAUCUUCAAAAUAUGACAAUGACAUUGGCUUCAUUGAGUCUUGUUUUAACAAAUUCCACUCAAGUUGCGUCGCCCAUUGAAAAACAAAUUUCCAUAAAUGAUUUUCUCCAGGAAAAUGAAACAUAUCUUCAUGUGCCAAAAUUUAAUUAUUUCAAUGAUCUCUCUUCGUUAUCAACACAAAAUAAUCAUGUAGAAACAACAAAUGAAGUAACGUCUGAAUUUUCCGAAACUUCAGAAAUUUAUGAAGAAAUAUCUGAAAUUACUUCUCAAAUAUCUGAAAUAACUACUCAAAUAUCUGAAGAAACUUCUGAAAUAUCUGAUGAUGAUGAUCGAAAAUAUUCAUCAACUACUUCAUUGCAAGAUAGUGAUUAUCAAAAUUAUCUUUUUAAAGAUGAUGACGAUCCUCAUGUUGAUUAUACGUAUUAUGAUUUUUUAAAUAUUUCAGAUAAGACAAUUUUUGUGAAUGAAAAUAAAACUGAUUCCACCAUAAUUACGGAACAAGUGACAGAAUCAUAUCCAAUUAUUUUUAAUAAUAGAUGUUUUGUAAAAGUUUGUAAUGUUUCAUCUACUAUCUCAGAGGAGAGAGAAAUUUCUUCAAUUCCUCUGAGUCUUGAAAUUCGUACAAAACUUCGUCGUCUCUGUUGGGAAACUAUGUUUGGUCAAGAACUUGCAAAAUUGACUGUCAUGGAUCUGGUGAUGACUAUAUUGUCAGUCUUAACACUCGACUUUAUAAGAGCAAUUUUCGUUCGUUACAUGAACAAUUGUUGGUGUUGGGAUUUAGAGAAAAAAUUCCCUCAAUAUGGCGAUUUUAAAAUUGCAGAAAAUAUUUUAUAUUUAAUCAAUAAUCAGGGUAUGGUUUGGAUGGGUAUGUUUUUUAGUCCUGGAUUAAUUACCCUGAAUGUUUUGAAACUUGGUAUUCUUAUGCACAUUCGAUCGUGGGCAGUUCUUAAUUAUAAUGUACCGCAUAAAGUAAUUUUUCGUGCAUCCAGGUCGAAUAAUUUUUACUUUGCUUUAUUGUUGACAAUGUUGUUCCUAUGUGUUCUUCCCGUUGGAUACGCGAUAGUUUGGGUUGAACCUUCUUGGCAUUGUGGACCAUUUUCUCAGUACAAAAGAAUUUAUCAUUUGGGAACGAAAACUCUACAGCAAGCAUUACCUGAAAAAUUGCAAAAAAUUUUCGAUUAUAUUGUUUCACCGGGCAUAGUGAUACCAUUAAUAGUUUUGAUGGUAUUAAUUAUUUAUUACAUGGUUUCCCUAACUGGAUCGCUAAGAGAAGCUAAUAAUGAUUUAAAGAUACAAUUGAGACAAGAACGUACUGAAGAAAGGCGAAAAAUGUUCAAAAUUGCAGAAAAACGACAAGAAAUACAAGAAACUCCAUUUACACGAUGGAAAAAUAUUUUACCAUCGUUUAUGCCUUCACGAAAAGACACAGGAAUAUCAAUUGUCAAAGACGAAAGUGAAAAUCCAAAUGAAAAAAGUAUUGAAUUACCAGCUCGAGGAAUGUCAAUGACUUCAGACGCUGGUGAUAUUACUGAAGGUGAACUGGAAUCAUUACCUCAUGAUCAAAAUUUACGUAGUGAAUCUAUCCGGAAAUUAUGGCGAAAAGCAGCACGUUCCAAUAGUGAAUCAAAAAAUGUGGAAGAAUCAGAUUCUGCCAUACCGGAAAUUCAUAUCAGCGUUGCUGGAGAACCUGGAGAACAAUCAUCUCCCACGGUCUCAGUUUUUGAUGCUGAAUCACUGAAAAUGUCGCUUUGAAAGAUUAAUUUUUAUUUGCAACAAAUUGCUCUUUCAAAUAUAAAAGUAACACAAUUUGUUUUCGUUCAUUUAGUUUCUCAUGUUUAAAUAUUUAAAAAAUAAAAUAUUUAAUAAAAAAGAAAACAUGGACGAAAUAUUUUUUUAAUAAAUAAAUAACAAUCAAAAAUAUUAAAACAAAAAUUUUCAAAAUAGGUAUGUAUUCU